UCAUCUCUCAAUUACCAUCAUGUUCUGUUGUAUUGAAAUGGUAUUGUCCCUAUUUCAUGCUGGAACAUCUUGGUGAUUUAACUUUUCAACUGGUUACAUUAAUCAACACAGAAAGGAACCAAUUACAGAGCCAGACCUUUAUUUAAAGACAAAACCAAAAUUUAAAAACAAAAAAAAAACAUAAAAAAAAAAGAAACAAAAAACUAACAACAAAAGACAAAAUAAAGCAAACAACCUAACAUUAUCUUCAGCAGUAGCUGCAGCAAUGAUGGCAGGCGAAGGGGAAAAUUUAGAUUUGCAUGAAUCUCUGUUUCACCUGGAUGCAUGGCUCUCUGCUUAUGACCAAUACACCCUCCACCCUGGAGCUCCCUGGUUACAGAUCCAAGAAAAUAUCUGUCAAAAGUUUGCUCAUAUCAUAGACUCAGAAAUCAACCUCAGCCCUGAGAGAAGUCAAGCUGUGGUUUCCUGUAUGGGGCCUCAGUUUACAUUAAAGUACCUGUCUUAUCCUUCACAUGGACUUCAACGCAAGGAGUGCUCUCAGCAGAUGUUGCUAGAAAUGAAAUCAUUAUUAAGUCAAGGGCUGGCAAAUGCUAUCAUUGAGGCUGGUUAUGGGUCACUGGUGACUCAUGAUACUCUCAGUCCUAGCUGUCAAUCGAAACACAACCAGCCAAAAGUUAGUCUUGCUUUACCAGAACCAAAAGUUGACUAUUAUUUCAAUAAAAGUGUGGCUGAAGAAAAAUUAUCUAAAACAGACACAAGAAAAUCAGUGACUAAAAUUAAAGUAUGCACUGAAGACAGUGAAACAAUUGGUAAGAUGGUAGGCUUGAUACUUGAAAGAUAUCCUGAGAAGAUUACUGUAGUAACAGAUAAACUGAAAGGUUUUCAUCUCCCUGCAAACCUACGCAAACAGAUAUGGACUGAGGUGCUUUUUCAGAAUGUAAAUCCUAUGACAAACAAUCAAUCAAGUGGCAAUUUGAAGAAAAAAUUCCGCCAACAAUUUGGACAAAAGUUACAGAGUAAUUUGAAGAAGUUACACGUAAAACAUCCAUUGCAUUCACCAAUCAAGGAUUUAAUAGAAAACACUGUUAUUGAGACUUACAACAAGACACCAUCUAUGCAAUUGUACAAGUCAACAGCUUACAUGAAAGAGGCUUCACGUGUUUUGAAUGCUUUAUACAUUUAUAACCAGUCUUAUCAACCAUUCUAUGUGCUCUGGUUGUUUCCUAUGCAGAUGGCUCUUGCAGAUUUGGCAGACAAAAAUAGCACAGAAGGAGAGGAAAUCUAUGAACUUGCCAUGUUACUACAUCUGUUGGAAUCAAGAUGUUUCCCUUCCUGGGCCAUAAUGUUUGUUAUUGCUGAAAAUGUCAUGGCAACACUUGAACAGAAGGAUUUAGAACUUUAUAAACAUCUGAAGCAUGUAGCAACUAUAAAUGCACGAGUUAACCCUAAGGAAUGCUUGGUUCAUUUGAUGGAGGAAGAAAGGACACUUGCUGAGAAACUGGUGCUGUCUAAGUCCACCAACAAAAUCAAGAGAACCAGUAAAAGACUGCCAGCCACCAGGCUCUCUUUGGCACAACCGAUAAUGUUUAUCAGGCAGUGGAUUGGAGAGGCCUUUGUUGGUAAACUGGACCCUGCUGCUAUGUUAUGGGUGUGGGAUCAACUCUUCUUGCAAUACUGGCACCAGCAAGUUUUCCAUGACAUAUGCAUAGCAUUGGUUGCUCUUUUGCGGGAACACUUCCUCGUAGCUUCAGACUACCUGCAGAUGAAACAGGUUUUUGUUUCACAGACCUUCCAUCUUCUUACUCUUGAUAUCCAGCGGGCUUACCUUGCAGUUGUCAAAGGCAGCACCAACUUACAUGAUAUUGCCAGCCUCAACAGAUGUUCACCUCAAGGUGUCUCAGGAGGUGACGUAGCAGCAACUGCUGGUAUAAUGGGUGAACAGUCUUCUAAAUCCAUCACUGACUUGGCCAAGAAGACACAUAAAUUGGACAUAAAACCUACCACUGAACUUUCCAAUCUAUUUAUUGAUUUCAGUAAACUGUCAAAUGAGAGUUUAUCAAUUCAAAUCUCUGAUGUUUGUUUCAAAUUGGACUUCCAACAAUCUGUAUUGCAGAAAGGAACUAACAAAAAUUUGCCUUGGAGAGAAUUACCUGAAACUAACGAGAUUCUUAUGAAUAUCAUACUGAAAUUUGGUGAUGAGUGCAUCGAAUUGAAGAAAGUUCAGUCCUCACAGAUUUCAUUUCAGACGACUCCAACCAUAACAGGGAAACUGAUUUAUAUUGCUAAAGUGACUGAUGUGUUUAACUUUGCUGAUAUUUCUGUAUCAAACUACAUAGAUAAGAUGAUAUCGGGAGAAUACUUUCAUCUCAUUGUUAUGGUGGUGUAUGUCCAUAAGAAUGUCAUUUCAACCCUUGGUUGGGCCUUUAUUCCACUGACUGAGCUGACCCAAAGAAACACUGUAGCUGCUUUACAUUCUGGAGCCAUUCCUGAUAUCUUCAUGCAGCAACAUGUCAGAGAAUCUAUCAACUGCACAGAAACGUCUUCAAAAUAUAUUUUAGGUUACAACUCUGAAUUAUUUCUAAAAGUAGAUAUAAGAACUGAAACUGCUCUCAACGCCAGUGAUUCAAGAAAUUCACUUAUGAGUGAUGGUCUUUGGCUGGGUCAUCAUUCAGAUUCUGUGGCAGAUGAUAAGAUGGGGAAGUCAAAUGAUGUCAAAGAUUUUUGUGUCUAUAUUGAUAGCCUCCGAAUGUUGCCUGAUAAUGCUUCUAUUGUUAAGGUUGUUUCUUAUCUAGUUCAGCCAUCAAAGCCCUUAACAACAAAACUGCUGCCAACGUUCCCGUCCAUUGACAGCAAAUGGUGUUGUCCCAUGUUUGUCCCUGAAGAUCGUUUCAUAAUGCAAAAGAUGAAGGAUAACUUACCCAAAGAUACCUUUAUAUUGUUCACUGUGUAUACUAUUGACAUGAACUCCACCCAGCUGUGUACACUAGGCAAUGCAUUAAUGUGUCUUUAUGAAUCUUACAAUGAUAAUAAUGAUGUAAAAUUCUGCUCUGGAGGUUAUCAGCUGAAGUUAAGAAGUGGGUCUUUGGACAUGUCUAAAAAUAUCAAGUCUUCCAGCUUAGACAAUCUACCAAUUGUUCCUGUGGUGUCACUUUUAAUUCGGAUUUUACCUUUAGUGCAGGAUGUACAGCCUGCUCCACCCUAUACUUCAAACUACUAUCAUUCUAUCCAGUGUAAACCAACCAUCUCAGAAGAAAGAAUAUUUGAAAGUUUCCAGAAGCAUUCUAAGUUAUCAGAGCCACUUAAGACUCUCAUCUGCAGGUUACAGCUCUUUGAUGGAAUCCAAACAGAUCAGACAGAAUUUGAAAUGAUGGAAUGGUGUAAGAAGAAGUUGGAUACUGACCAUUCUAUUCAACCAUUCCCAGUUCUGAAUCUUAACCAGUGUGUGUCAUACCAGUCAGAUAUUGGCCUAAAAUUCACCAUUGACAAAGCUUUUAAUCUAAAAGGUAUCAGAAUAAUGCUGAUUUUAAUUUUUCCUGUCUUUUGAAAAUUUAUUUUAUUAACUAUUUUUAUAUUAACAUUAUUUGCCAACAUGGCUGAGUGAUA